AUGAGCAGGCAAAACCUGAUUGAGGAUCCGCAAUACACCCCUGAGAAAGUUGCAGCGCGUGCCAAAUACCCAAUUAUCACAGCCAAGGAUGCAGCCAAGAAUAAUACGAUGCCUGUGGCAGUAAAGAUGUUGGUGCGCGAAUUCAUCGAUGAUUCGCUCUAUCAUCCUCACUAUGGCUAUUUUUCAAAGCAAGCUGUAAUUUUCUCCCCCGAAACGGAUUUUGAUUUUGAACGGAUCAGAGACAAUAUGCAAUUUUUAGACAUUAUUGCCGAAAAGUAUAAAGAGAUUGAGGAUGAUAUGGAUGUCCGAGAUGAGAUCGCAAGACAAGUUUGGCAUACACCCACAGAGUUAUUCAAGCCGUGGUAUGGAUAUGCAAUCGCAAAGUAUAUCGUAACUGAAUAUAAGCUCAAUAACUAUCCACACAAGGACCUGAUAAUUUAUGAGAUGGGUGCAGGCAACGGAACUCUGAUGCUCAACAUUCUCGACUACAUCCAACAGUUUGAACCAUCAGUCUAUGAGCGAACCAGGUAUCGGAUCAUUGAGAUUUCCAAAAAGUUGGCACAGCGACAGGGAGAACGCCAGGAGGUCCGAGAUGUGACUAAGCGCCACGGGUGUGUCGAAGUGAUUAACAAAAGCAUUUUUGAGUGGGAUACACCUGUGCCCGACCACUGCUUUUUUCUCGGCAUGGAAGUUCUCGACAACUUUUCACAUGAUUUAAUUCGCUAUGACUCUGUGACGGAAGAGCCAUUGCAGGGUAUGGUAGCCAUCGACGAAGAUGGUGACUAUACAGAAAUAUAUACACCUGUCCAGGACCCGCUCAUCCAAAGGUACCUCACGAUCAGAAAGCAAUCUGGAUACAAAUCUCCUGUGCUUUCGAGACGAUUUUUGAGACGACUUCGCAACCGAUUACCAUUUGCACCUAACAUGACAGCACCUGAAUUCAUCCCUACAAAACUAUUGUUGUUGUUGGAGACGCUUAAGAAUUAUUUCCCGCAACAUCGAUUGGUCCUUAGUGACUUCUAUACAUUACCGGAAGCAAUCCCAGGUGUAGAUGCCCCAGUUGUUCAGACACGAUAUAGUGGUACCAUGGUCCCUUGUUCAACCUAUAUGGUCAUGCCAGGCAUGUUCGACAUUUUUUUUCCUACCAAUUUUGAGCUACUAAGAGACAUUUACCAACAAGUUUGCCGACCAUCACUUGGUAUGGAAAAAUCUGUCAAGGUGCAGACGCAAAAACAGUUUCUCGAACGUUAUGGUGAUUUGGAAAAGACACGAACUCUCAGUGGUGAGAAUCCUAUGUUGAUGUACUAUGAGAACAACAAGAUGUUUUUAAGCUAG